AUGGCUUCUGAUACGUUAGAAGGCCAGUGCCUCACGCUGUUCGCUGUGACCACGUUCUUCUGCGUCGUCUGCUUUGUGUUGGUUACACUACGAUGCUGUACUAGAAUAUCGAUCAAAGGAUUUGGCUCGGACGAUUGGCUCAUGCUCAUUGGCACGGUACUACUCUCUGAUGCUCACGCUUUGUUGAGCUUUGCUGAUUCCGCUACANNGAUAUUUGGCAUCAUGACAUUUGCCGCAGUCCUCUGCGGUUGUAAAGCAGGCUUAGGCCAACACGACUAUGAUCUUGAUGAAGGUGAUUACUCAAAGAUCAAGCGCGUACGACAUCUGCUGCCAGACAUUGCAAACUCAGUUGACCUUCUUCCANNGGCUCUCAUGACGUUCCAGAUACUCUACUGCGCUAGUCUCAUCUUUAUCAAAAGUAGUAUCUGCGUCGCUCUUAUCCGUCUGGUCAUAGCCAAACGCCUAUUGUACACCCUCUACGCUAUCCUGGCUCUCAGUGCGAGCUACGGAUUCGUCACCAUGAUGACAGUAUUAUUGCAAUGCAAACCUCUAAAAGCAACCUGGGAUCCAUCCGCAGGCACAUGUUCAAGUCAGGCCAUCAUUGUACACAUAUCGUACUUUGUAACGGCAUGCUCAAUCACGACCGAUUUUGCUUGUGCUGUUAUGCCUUUCGUCAUCCUGUGGAAUCUGCAGAUGAGAAAGAGGCUCAAGUUUACAGUCGCGGCAAUGCUGAGUCUCGGUUUCUUAGCGAGUGCGGCGACCAUUGUUCGUAUCAAGUACCUGGACUCUUACUUUGCGACACAUGAUCUUGCAUUCAAAGUCUCCAACGUCGUCCUCUGGUCGAUCGUCGAAACCGGCAUCGCCAUCAUCGUCCGCUCUAUUCCUUCCCUCAAACCUCUCGUCAAGUCCAUCGCUUUCUUCGGCACCCACCAUUCCCGCACCGGGAAGAGAACUCUCAACCCUCAUAGCGAGCAGCAAUCUUUCGCCAUGAGAUCUCCUGCGCCUUACAAUCAUAAGACACAAAUCUCGUGUCCAAGCGCCAAGGAUCGAAACUCGAGAGACAACGAUAGCAUGAAGGACUCGCUGAUAAACGACCCGGAAACUAUACUCGUGCGCUCCGAGGUUCAAAUCGAAGAAGGUUCCCGACCGAACACUGGAUAUAAAAGCUUCAGGAGUUUCACAUUCUGA